AUGCUAGAAGCUAAAUUCACAGAAGCUGGGUUAUUCAAAAGAAUUAUCGAUUCCUUUAGAGACUGUGUCCAAUUGAUUAACUUCAAUUGUUCAGAAAAGGGUAUCGCUGCACAAGCCGUCGAUGACUCUCGUGUCCUCCUUGUCUCUCUUUCCAUCAAUGUAGAAGCAUUUGAAGAGUUUAGAGCGGACAGAAAUGUCGUGCUAGGUUGCGAUUUGACGAACUUGAGUAAGAUUCUUCGUUGUGGUAACAAUUCGGACAAUCUAACGCUUAUCGCUGAAGAUUCUCCAGAUUCUAUUCUAAUCUUAUUCGAAGAUACAAAAAGAGACCGUGUCAGUGAAUACUCUUUAAAAUUGAUGGAAAUCGAAACAGAUUUCUUGGAGAUCUCUGAUAUGAAAUAUGAAUCCUAUAUUACAAUGCCAUCUGCUGAUUUCGCGAAGACCGUACGUGACUUAAGUCAAUUGAGUGAUUCUAUUAACAUCUUAGUCACUAAGGAUACCAUCAAAUUCGCCGCAGAAGGUGAUAUCGGAAGUGGGUCCAUUGUUGUGAAACCUUUCACCGAUUUGGAUCAUCCUGAAAGUUCAAUUAAAGUUACCAUAGAAAAACCAGUAGAUUUAAGGUUCGGUGCUAAAUAUUUAAACGACAUCAUUAAGGGGUCCUCUCUAUCAGAUACAAUCACUAUAAAAUUAUCGGAAGAAGCGCCAGCCCUUUUCCAAUUCGAUAUCUCAAGCGGUAAUUUGCAAUUCUAUUUGGCUCCAAAGUUCGAUGAAGAGGAAUGA